AUGUCCCAACACCGGACAAAGAAACACACGGAGGCAAAAGACAAAUCAGCCUUCUUUGCGGCUAGAAAGCCACAGCAUAAAGCCGCCGACCCACAGGCCCAAGAUGGCGCUGACUCGGAAUAUGAUACUGAGCGCGACUAUACAGUGAGUAGACAAGAAGAUUGCCCCCUGACCCAGAGUCUCCUACAAUCCAUGCUUGAUGCAGCAGUUACCAAAAUGCAAACUACUGUCACAGAGGCCCUCAAUGACAUGAGGAAAGGCCUCAAAGAGCUGGAAGUACGGACCUCCCACCUUGAGGGUAAUGUGGAAAGCCUCACAGGGGCCCACAACGAAACUGACAUACGCCUCACCAAAAUUGAGGAUCAGCUUUAUAGACAGGAGACCAAACUAGCUGAUGCAGAAGACAGGUCACGCCGCAGUAAUGUACGGUUAAGGGGUGUACCUGAAGAUAUCGCGCCGCAAAACUUAACGGCCUACGCCGUAGAGUUCUUCCAAACUUUACUUCCUGAUAUCCCCGCAGAAAUGUUCCUACUGGAUCGCAUCCAUAGGCUUCCCAAGCCACAACACCUGCCACCUACCACUCCGAGAGACGUCCUCAUGAGACUCUAUCACAUCAAAGACCAAAUACUACGGACACACCAUACCAAAAAGGACUUACCCACUCAAUUCAAGGACAUCCUCAUGUUCAUGGACUUAUCAGCGGAGACACUACGCCGCAGGCGAUCCUUUAGGGCCAUAGCAGACACGCUGAGACACCAUCAUGUGCCAUACCGCUGGGGCUACCUGGCCAAACUGCUUAUAUCGAAAGGAGGGAAACUCAUCUCGGCAACUACACCAGCAGAGGGACUGGACCUCCUGCAACAAUGGGGUAUGUCCCGGAAUACGCAGCCGAACCCCAGGAACUCCGGUAAACCGCUACCCGAAGAAUGGCGCACUCAGAAGACGAGAGGCACAUCUCCAAGAGACGAAUGA